AUGGCUCAACCAACCCCCACCGGGCCUUACAAGCUCGUCACAGUCAACAAUGCCCCUGACCGGGCGAGGAGGCUGAUUGGCCGCGUCGUCGAAGACGUCAAGGGCCAAUACACUAUCAUCCACGCCGCAAACUCGGCUACUAUUGAAGACGUUGAAAAGACAGUCCAAGAGGCGCAGCCUGAUAUUCUCUUUACCGCAUCUAUGUGGACGCCCGAGGAAUCUCGGCAGAUUAUUGCGAUUGCCAAGGGCGUGGUGCCCAGCCUGCGCACCUUCUCGCUGCCGCAGGGGCUGCAGGUAGCAAAGGGGCCCGACGCCGUGGUCGAGUACAUCAAGGAGAACCUGCCGGCAUUGCUGGAAUAG